CCGACUUAACCGUUCUCUUCCCUGCUAUUUCGACCCACCGAGAGAUUUCUGCUUGUUGUUGGUGAGACUGGUGCAGUCCUUUGAAGAUGGGAUUCGAAGUCUCAUUCCUCCCCGUGGCUCUCUUUACCUAAUUUUUAUCUUUCACUUAUUGCUUCUCGCAAUUCAUCACUGUCUGGAGAAGCAUUGAAGGAACACUUCCUUCAAGCAAUGCAGGCGAGAUGUCUGGCAAUGAACUAGUCCGGAUAGACACCAAUAUUCUCCCAAAAGCCAAACUUAUCGUAGUUUUCUGCGGUCUUGCUUUUGCUCUUCUCAUAUGCUUCAUAGAUCAGAAUUCAAUUGGUAUCGCACUUCCGACUAUCGGGGCGGAUCUCAAUGCAGCAACGACGAUUCCUUGGGCUGGAACCUCGAGUCUGAUUGCAAAUACUGUAUUUCAGGUUCUUUAUGGACGUCUUUCUGAUAUCGUGGGGCGGAAAGUUGUCUUCCUCUCCGCUGUAGGAUUGCUCGCUUUGGGAGACCUUCUGUGUUCAUUUGCAAAGACAGGACCUCAGCUAUAUGCUUUUCGGGGUAUUGCAGGGGUUGGAACAGGAGGGAUCACGGCGUUGGCUAUGAUGAUUGUGUCAGACGUGGUAACACUCGAAAAUCGUGGGAAAUAUCAAGGGAUUCUAGGAUCAUGUGUUGGAAUGGGCAACGCCAUUGGUCCAUUUUUGGCUGCAGCUUUCAUUCAAACAGCUACAUGGCGUGCUCUGUUCUGGUUCAUAUGUCCGAUGGCAGUUCUUUCUGGCAUCAUGGUAUUGUUCACUCUACCUCCAAGCAAAGUGCAUGGCGACUUGAAGACCAAAGUUCGGGCCAUUGAUUAUUAUGGCAUCCUCUUCAGCUCUUCAGCAAUACUCCUGCUUCUGAUUCCGGUAUCGGGAGGGGGCACAUAUUUCGACUGGAACAGCCCAAUGGUUAUUUCAAUGCUCAUUCUCGGCGGUAUCUGCAUGGUUCUGUUUGUAGUCGUCGAAUGGAAGUUUGCCGUGAUGCCUAUGAUGCCGCUACCUUUGUUCAAAAAUCCAGCAAUCUCUGCCAUCAUGAUCCAGAACUUACUUUUCGGUGUUGUGUAUUACUCACAUUUAUACUAUCUACCGAUUUACUAUCAGAACGUUCGAGGCUUCACACCACUUCUCUCGGCUGCUCUGAUAAUUCCAUUUGUCGCGGGCCAAUCCACCUUCUCUAUCCUGUCUGGCCAAUACGUCUCUCGGAAUAAGCGGUAUGGCGAAGUCAUAUGGACCGGCUAUGCUCUGUGGACCCUCGGUGCAGGCUUGGUACUAUUGUUCAACAGGACCACUCCAAGAUGGAAAAUGGUAGUCAUUUUGAUCGUAGAGGGCGCUGGAGUAGGAAAUGUCUUCCAACCUACUCUCGUCGCUGCCCAAGCCCAUUCCCUCAAGCGAGACCGUGCGGUGGUGAUCAGUGUCAGGAACUUUUUGCGAUCAAUGGGUGGAGCUUUAGGUCUAGCGAUCUCUUCAGCUAUCUUUUCCAACUCUCUGAAGAAGUCGUUGAAGUCGGCAACUGCAGUUCCAGAAGAUGUCAAGACGGGGAUCUUGGCAGCGAUACUUCGGGUUCCCGAUUUGUCUGAACUGUCGAGUGUGCAGAAAGAGGAGGUCCUCGAGUCCUAUAUGGAUGCUUCGAGAUCGGUGUUUUAUAUUUGGGCACCAUUCAUUGGCGUUUGUCUAAUACUAUGCUUCUUGAUUAAAGAUAAAGGUCUCACGCGUCCUGAGGAGAAGCAGGAGGUGGAGGAUACACCGGAAGAGAGCAGCGGCAGUCUUGCAGGAGCAAAUGUGGAAAGCGAUGUUGAGAUGCAGAAUCAAGAAGCACCCAAGAAAGAAUAGGAUAUAUUCAACUAAAUACUAAUAGCUCGUUUUACAUAGAAGACUUGGACCAAAGCAUAUAGACCACAUUAUACCCCUUGACCAUCUUGGCAUCAAGAUCUGGCCUACUUGAUGUUUACGGUGCAUCGCACACUGUUGCCCCUCCAAUCAAUUCCACAACACCAUCCGGAUCUGGUAGGAACUCGCCAGGAACGAAUGGGAGACCAGGCAACGGUGGUGGAGGAAUAUCUGGAGAUCCCAAGCAGUAUGGACUCACAUAAUCGUAACAUUGUGAAGGUCUACACCAGACGGCGAGCUGAGCGUUCUCGCCAGUUGGGAGCUGAUAGGGAUAGCAUUCUC